AUGGAAAUUAAAACCAAAAAAAAAAAAAAAGAUAAGGUUCGAUUAAAAAAGCGAGUAAAAAUUGCGAACCAUAUAGAAAAUGUUGAAAUUGAAGCAGGCGACAAGAGGCCUACUUCAUCCCCUCUUGCCUCAUCAUCUACCCGCAGCACCAACCCCUUGUUCGACGACGAUGACGGCCGCCGCAGCUUCUCCGUCUUCGAAACUGAGGUUUUACCCGCUGAUCUCCAUCAUGCGCCGACGACGUUAAUUGGGUUAGAAGAAGGAGAGGAUUAUCCUGCCGUACAUAGUUUCCACGACGCAAAAUGUAUAUGUUACAUGGAGUCCGUCAAGCUCUGGGCCAUUGCAGGACCUAUUGCCUUCAAUAUUCUCUGUAACUAUGGCGUCAAUUCUUUCACCAAUAUAUUCGUUGGCCAUAUCGGAAAUAUCGAGCUUUCCGCCGUCGCCAUUGCUCUCUCCGUCGUCGCAAACUUCUCUUUCGGCUUCCUGCUGGGUAUGGCGAGCGCAUUAGAAACACUUUGCGGACAGGCGUUUGGAGCUGGCCAAGUAGAAUUACUUGGGGUUUACACGCAACGUUCGUGGAUAAUUCUCUUCGGAGCCUGCUUCUUUCUACUACCCUUAUACAUAUACGCUACGCCGAUUCUUAAACUGCUAGGACAAGAGCCGGAAAUUGCAGAGAUCGCCGGAAAAUUCACUAUGCAAGUGAUCCCACAAAUGUUUUCUCUGGCAAUCAACUUCCCCGUUCAGAAAUUCCUGCAAGCUCAAAGCAAGGUUGGAGCUUUAGCCUGGAUUGCAUUCGGAGCUAUGAUUAUACAUAUCGGAAUCCUUUACCUGUUCAUCAGUGUUUUUAAAUGGGGUCUCGCCGGAGCUGCGGCUGCCUACGACGUGUCGGCUUGGGGGAUAUCUUUGGCUCAGGUUGUGUAUGUUUUGGGUUGGUGUAAAGAUGGGUGGAAAGGAUUAUCUUGGUUAGCUUUUAAAGAUAUUUGGGGAUUUCUGAAACUUUCUGUAGCUUCAGCUGUGAUGCUUUGUUUGGAGAUUUGGUAUUUCAUGACCAUAAUUGUUCUUACUGGUCACCUUGAAGAUCCUAUUAUAGCAGUUGGUUCACUUUCUAUCUGCAUGAACAUAAAUGGCUGGGAAGGCAUGUUGUUUAUUGGAAUCAAUGCAGCUAUAAGUGUUAGAGUGUCGAAUGAACUUGGCUCCGGACACCCGAGAGCUGCAAAAUACUCUGUCAUUGUUACUGUUAUCGAAUCUGCCUGCAUCGGAAUCAUGUCGGCCACGGUUAUCCUGGCAACAAGGAACCAAUUUGCCAUCAUCUUUACCAGUAGUAAAGAGAUGCAAAAAGCAGUGGCUAAUUUAGCAUACCUUCUUGGGAUAACUAUGAUGCUAAACAGCAUCCAGCCGGUUAUAUCAGGUGUUGCUGUGGGAGGAGGAUGGCAAGCCUUGGUUGCUUAUAUCAACCUGUUUUGUUAUUAUGUUAUUGGGUUGCCUCUUGGUUUUCUUCUUGGUUAUAAAACAAAUAUGGGAGUACAGGGAAUUUGGGUCGGCAUGAUUGUUGGGACUUCUUUGCAGACACUGAUCCUGUUAUAUAUCACACAUCAAACUAAUUGGAAUAAAGAGGUUGAACAAACAUCGGAACGAAUGAGAAAAUGGGGUGCAAGUCAAGAAUAUGAUAUUGUUUCGACUUAGAAAUUAAUUACUUAUCUACUGAUCUACUUUUAAAUAUAUACAUAUAAAUGUACAUAGUAUAAUUUUUAUAUAUUUACAAAUACUUUUGAGCCAUCGGGUU